AUGCAGUCACUUGAUAAUAAUAAGAAACCAGCUGGCGAUAAUAAGCCAAAGAAACCAGCUAAGAAGGAUAACAAGCCGUCUGAGAAGAAGGAAGACACUAAGAAACCAGCUAAACAAGGAAAUAACAGCAAGAAUAACAAUAAAAAGAAAACUGCACCAUCUAAUGAGACUGCUAAACCAUCCAAGAAGCGCAAACUAGAGCAAUCCGAGCAAACGCAGACACAGACGCCUCCUAGUAAAGCAGAGAAGAAAAAAGCUAACAAAUCUGACACUGAUACUACUUCGUUACAAGAUAAAAUGAAAAAAUCACUCUCUGGCGCUAGAUUUAGAUGGAUAAACGAGACACUCUACACUACUGACUCACAAGAAGCACACGAGUUGAUGCGGGAUGAUCCAACUAUAUUUGAUGAGUAUCACGAGGGAUUCGUCGAACAAACAAAGUCUUGGCCUGAGAACCCGGUAAAUGUGAUCGCCAAGUCACUCUCCAGUCUACCAUCAUCUUCUACAAUUAUUGCUGACCUGGGCUCUGGACCAGCCACAUUAGCUAAAGUGCUGCCGAAACAUAGAGUAUUCUCCUAUGAUUUGGUAGAAGCUGAGAAGGGUAUGGUAGUUGAAUGCGAUAUUGCUAAGAAAGUACCUUUACCAUCACAUUCUGUUGACAGAGUUGUUUUCUGUCUCAGCCUUAUGGGAUCCAACUGGGUGGGAGCUAUCAGUGAAGCUGAGAGAAUAUUGUUGCCAAAGGGUAAAUUACACAUUGCAGAAGUUAAAUCGAGAUUUUCAAACAUCUCAGACUUUAUCGAACUUGUUUCUAAAUUCGGAUUUAAGCUGACUGAAAAAGAUGAAUCUAACACACAUUUUGCAAAUAUGGUAUUUAUAAAGACCGAUAAAAAAGCCAUCAGCAAUUUAGAUGAAUUAUUAAAUCAAGGAAAGGAUAUUUUAGAGCCUUGUUUAUAUAAAAGACGUUAA